UGUACAGCACAGAAAAAAUUUUUGGAUCUCAUUUUCCUUCGGUGGUGUUCUCUCUCUGCACAUAUAGAUUUGAUUACUUACCGCAUCGUCGUCGUACAAAGUUCAAAGAGUCCAGUGUGCCUCGCUGCUUUGUUUUUGUUCCUGUCGUGUAGCUGGCUUCGUCUCUUUCUGUUACAUUUGCAUGAGUGAAAAUGUAUCGUAACAACAAUCUCCCAAGGUACAUGGAUCCGAGAAAAACACCGAAGCGAAUGAUCGAACCUGUAGACGAGUGGUUGCAGAAUGAAGGCUUUUACAGAAAACAUGGUCCCAAAGAUCCCACGUGUCUCUUCAGGGCGAUCGCCGAACAAGUCUAUCACAAUCAGCGAAGCCAUCUUCGGGUCAGGGAAGAAUGCGUUGAGUACAUAAGAGACAAUAAGCAACUCUUCCAGGAGAAAACAAUGAUACCAGUAGGAAGUUACUGCGAUCAAAUGGCCUGUGUUACCGAGUGGGGAGGGGAAAACGAAAUUUUGGCCAUGUCACUCUUGUACCAAAAAAACGUGGUUAUUUUUGAUGGACACAAGUUGACAAAAAAAGUAGCCAUUGACAAUCGACGUCAGGAGAACUUUCUCCUUUGCUUCAUGCCACCAAAACAGUAUGAAACUGUUUACAAUCAAGAGCACACAGCUAUUGCAGGAUUUUGCCAGUCCAUUAUUUAUCAGAUACUGUAUAAAAAUGUUUUCAAAAUGAGUAACGUUGAUGCAACAGUUCAUAAAAUGUUGCAUGAAAGAAAUAACUACUUGAGACAUGACAAGUUCUUUCUAAAAGGGAACUUAGGUAAUAGAAAUCAGCUGACAGUAGAUUUGUUGAAUAAACUUGAAGAAAGUGACGAUAACGAGGAAUCACUACUUUUAGAAAAAGGCAUUACACCUUUUCCUUAUAGAGUAGCAAAAGCUUUAGAUCCAAACAUUUAUCGCAAUGUUGAUUAUGACAUAUGGCUUGAAAUCAGAAGGGAAAUGAGGAGGUCGGGGUUCACAAAAUUUAAUUCAUCUGAAUUACAAGUUGGAGCUAAAUGCUUAGUGUCCAUUGAUUUCAAAGAUAAUGAUAAAACUAAUAAUAAUUUCCCAAUUGAUCAAGUUAAUUGGGAUAAUUUCAAAGAAAUAACUAAGUCAAAUGGUUUAGAAGCUUUACUUUAUACUGGACACAUUCAGGAAAUAAGUAAGAAUCAUGGACCCGUAGUUAUAUUUGUAGAGGAAUUAGGACAAAAAAUAACAGUAUCUUACGAGAGCUUAAAACCUUACCCACAACGAAAACCAAGAUCUAAUUAUAAUAACUAUAAUAAUACUUGGGCGUUGUCUCCUAAUAAAAGGAGCGCAAUUAAUCAGAAUCAAAAGUGGAAGAAGCCCUGGAAUGGUGGACCAAAUCGGAGAACAAAAGAUCAAGUCCCUAAUGAUGGAAAUAAUGAAAAAAAUCUAAAUAACUCUAAAAGUGUGGCUAAAAACACCGUUAAUAAGACCGAAGACACAGAAAAUCAACCUAGAAUACCAAACGAAAACCGCGUGGCACUUAAAGAUUAUAAUAUCAAGGAUCAAGUUGAAAAUUUGAAAAAUACUCUUGAAAGUACCCACAUAUCUGUGGAAUCGGUAGAACCAAGGAUUAGUGACAAAAAAAGCAAAAUUAAUGUAAACAAUCAACAAAAUGAGCACUCAUCUCAGAAACAGAUUACUACAAGUAUUAAUCAUGAAGACAAUUCAUCUAAUCAACAAAAUUAUCAACGUGCAGAUAAUAACGAUACUUUUUAUCCUCCUUAUGCAGGAAGUGCUUUUCAACCUAUCCCUCGUUUUCCUGCUGAUUCAGAAAUCGUUAGUUACGAUGCUACGAAAACUUAUGAAAUAAAAGCUAAUGAAGCGCCUUCAGAUCCUGCUAAUGGUCGACAAUUUUAUAACGUUGGAGUCAAGUAUUAUUGGUCUCAAAACAUGUGGCCCAAUGGAACAAAUGGUCCGUCAUUUAACGAUAAUACGUUUUUCUUCGCUCAUCCCGCUCCUGAUCCAAAUAACUAUUCAUUUGUGGUUAAUGGUCCAGUUCCUUGUAGCGACAACAUCGUCCAACAAGCCAACAACUAUCAACACAAUAACCAGCAUGUACGACACAACAACCGAUCGUCACCACCCAGACAUCGAGAUCAGGAUCAAAACACUAAUAUUCCAAGACCAGCUGGACAGAGGAUGAAUUAUCAUUAUCGGAACCCUGAUUUCCGUAACUUGACGCACAAUCCAAAUAUUGACAACAGAAUCCGAAACGACGGCAAAAACAACAAUCCAAACGAACAGCCGCAACAAAAUGGCAAUAAAGAUAUGCAGCGAGUUAACAAGUCGAAUGGCAUGGCUCCACGUUUUAAGAAGAACUACGAAGGAGGAAAGUAUCGCAACGAUCACAACCCUCAGUAUCAGUAUCGUCAGCAACAGCACCAACCCGACUACGAUAUACGGAAGCGAAAGCAGAUUGACAUGCAAACGAUGCAGAAUCGCUGUGACAUGAUAAACGAUCCUGCUCAACAGCAUCAGUUAUUGCAGCCGAUAAACGCAAUGUUGCACCAGCAACAGCCAAACCAUCUGCCCCAGCAGCAAUCGACGAUGAUCCAGUCUCAGUCACCGCCUCCUUUGAACGGCCCAUACCCCUAUUCAAUGACGUACAACCAAGUGCCGUAUGUGCCUUUAGGCCCUUAUCCACCCGAGCCGGAGACGUUUUCAGGACCAUACUAUUCACCGCCACCAGGUUACAUACAGGUUCCGUACCUCCCAGCGUCUGAGCUACCAACGUCAGAGCAAACCGUCUAUCAACCCGUUGAAUUUCCUGCCCAAUAUCCACCUGUAUUCUCCCAGUAUAUAUAUCCGCCGCCGGCGGCGAUGUAUCCGACCCAGCCACCACCUCCUGAUAGCUGUUAUCCACCUUUUCCCGGACAACCUUACUUUUUACCCUAUGCAUCUCCUUUACCGCCACCAGGAAUGCAGCCCCCAAAUCUUACUUCUCCUCCCACACUCCAGAGUGCACAGUGAGAACAUUGAAGAGAUUAAAGGUAGACUUGAAAAAGUAUACAGAGGUCUACUUUAAAAGGUGAGUCUGUGAUUUAGGAAUUAUCAGAAAAGUCAAUAAUUACUCACAGGACUGAUAGUCAAGUAGUGUUGAAUUUUUAUAGAAGACAUUGUUAUUAGAUUAAAAGUUAUAAUUAUAUCGAC